GGCGCGCACCACGUGGGCCGGUGACUCCGUCCUUCCCGCAGCGGCCGCGGCGCGCAGGGCACUUGGGUUAGUGGCGCGGCGGGCGGCGCGGACAGCCGAGGCGGACGCCCGCUCCCGCCACCAUGGUCAUCAAGACGGACGAGUUGCCGGCGGCCGCCCCGGCCGACAGCGCCCGGGAACACGGCUCGCAGGCCGGGGGCAAGGGGCGGCCGGGCGCGGCCGAGCUGCCAUCAGUCAUGCUCUUAAACGGGGACUGCCCAGAGAGCCUGAAGAAGGAGGAGGGGGUGGCUGAGCCACCCAGGGAAAAUGGGCUUGACGAGGCCGACCCGGGAGAUGAGACCACCGGCCAGGAAGUCAUUGUCAUUCAGGACACGGGCUUUUCUGUGAAGAUCCUCGCCCCUGGGAUCGAGCCCUUCUCCCUGCAGGUGUCCCCCCAGGAGAUGGUGCAGGAGAUCCACCAGGUGCUCAUGGACCGUGAGGACACCUGUCACCGCACCUGCUUCUCGCUGCACCUGGAUGGCAACGUGCUGGACCACUUCUCGGAGCUGCGCAGCGUCGAGGGGCUGCAGGAGGGCUCCGUGCUGCGUGUGGUGGAAGAGCCGUACACGGUGCGUGAGGCCCGCAUCCAUGUGCGCCACGUCCGAGACCUGCUCAAGAGCCUGGACCCAUCCGACGCCUUCAAUGGGGUUGACUGCAACUCCUUGUCCUUCCUCAGUGUCUUCACCGACGGCGACCUGGGAGACAGCGGGAAGCGGAAGAAGGGCUUGGAGAUGGACCCCAUCGACUGCACGCCACCCGAGUACAUCCUGCCAGGGAGCCGGGAGCGGCCACUGUGUCCCCUGCAGCCCCAAAACCGUGACUGGAAGCCCUUGCAGUGCCUGAAAGUACUCACCAUGAGCGGCUGGAACCCGCCCCCGGGGAACCGGAAGAUGCACGGGGACCUCAUGUACCUGUUUGUGAUCACGUCGGAGGACCGGCAAGUCAGCGUCACCGCGUCCACACGGGGCUUUUACCUGAAUCAGUCCACGGCUUAUCACUUCAACCCCAAGCCCGCCAGCCCCCGCUUCCUAAGCCAUUCCCUAGUGGAGCUGCUCAACCAGAUCAGCCCAACCUUCAAGAAGAACUUCGCUGUGCUGCAGAAGAAAAGGGUCCAGCGCCACCCGUUCGAGAGGAUCGCCACCCCAUUCCAGGUGUACAGCUGGACGGCCCCCCAGGCGGAGCAUGCCAUGGACUGCGUGCGCGCAGAGGACGCCUACACCUCGAGGCUGGGCUAUGAGGAGCACAUUCCUGGACAGACCCGAGACUGGAAUGAGGAGCUACAGACGACGAGGGAGCUGCCUCGCAAGAACCUGCCUGAGCGGCUGCUCCGAGAAAGGGCCAUAUUCAAGGUGCACAGCGACUUCACCGCGGCAGCCACCAGGGGCGCCAUGGCCGUCAUUGACGGCAACGUGAUGGCCAUCAACCCCAGCGAGGAGACCAAGAUGCAGAUGUUCAUCUGGAACAACAUCUUCUUCAGCCUGGGCUUCGACGUCCGAGACCACUACAAGGACUUCGGGGGGGACGUGGCAGCCUACGUGGCGCCCACCAACGACCUGAACGGCGUCCGCACGUACAACGCGGUGGACGUGGAGGGGCUGUACACGCUGGGCACGGUGGUGGUGGAUUACCGCGGCUACCGGGUCACGGCCCAGUCCAUCAUCCCCGGUAUCCUGGAGCGGGACCAGGAGCAGAGCGUCAUCUACGGCUCCAUCGACUUCGGCAAGACCGUGGUGUCGCACCCGCGGUACCUGGAGCUGCUGGAGCGCACGAGUCGGCCCCUCAAGAUCCUGCGGCACCAGGUGCUCAACGACCGUGACGAGGAGGUGGAGCUCUGCUCUUCGGUCGAGUGCAAGGGCAUCAUCGGCAACGACGGGCGCCACUACAUCCUCGACCUGCUGCGCACCUUCCCCCCGGACCUCAACUUCCUGCCCGUGCCUGGCGAGGAGCUGCCUGAGGAAUGCGCCCGCGCCGGCUUCCCCCGCGCGCACCGGCACAAGCUCUGCUGCCUGCGCCAGGAGCUGGUGGACGCCUUCGUGGAGCACAGGUACCUCCUCUUUAUGAAGCUGGCCGCCCUGCAGCUGAUGCAGCAGAAAGCCAGCCAGCUGGAGACCCCCUCCUCCCUGGAAAAUGGUGGUCCUUCCUCCUUGGAGUCCAAGUCUGAGGACCCUCCAGGACCGGAGGCGGGAAGUGAGGAGGAGGGUAACAGCGCCAGCGGCCUGGCCAAGGUGAAGGAGCUGGCAGAGACCAUCGCCGCAGACGACGGCACAGCAGACCCUCGGAGCCGGGAGGUGAUCCGCAAUGCGUGCAAGGCGGUCGGCUCCAUCAGCAGCACCGCCUUCGACAUUCGCUUCAAUCCUGACAUCUUCUCACCAGGGGUUCGCUUCCCCGAGUCCUGCCAGGAUGAAGUUCGGGACCAGAAGCAGCUGCUGAAGGACGCGGCUGCCUUCCUGCUCUCCUGCCAGAUCCCUGGCUUGGUGAAGGACUGCACGGAGCACACGGUCCUGCCCAUGGAUGGGGCGACGCUGGCGGAGGUGAUGCGCCAGCGGGGUAUCAACAUGCGCUACCUGGGCAAGGUGCUGGAGCUGCUGCUGCGGAGCCCGGCCCGCCACCAGCUGGACCACGUCUACAAAAUCGGCAUUGGAGAACUCAUCACCCGCUCGGCCAAGCACAUCUUCAAGACGUACUUACAGGGAGUCGAGCUCUCCGGCCUCUCAGCCGCCAUCAGCCACUUCCUGAACUGCUUCCUCAGCUCUUACCCCAACCCCGUGGCCCACCUGCCCGCCGACGAGCUGGUCUCCAAGAAGAGGAAUAAGAGGAGGAAAAACCGGCCUCCAGGGGCUGCAGAUAACACAGCCUGGGCUGUCAUGACCCCCCAGGAGCUCUGGAAGAACAUCUGCCAGGAGGCCAAGAACUACUUUGACUUCGACCUCGAGUGUGAGACUGUGGACCAGGCUGUGGAGACCUACGGCCUGCAGAAGAUAACGCUCCUGCGGGAGAUCUCGCUGAAAACAGGGAUCCAGGUCCUGCUGAAGGAGUACAGCUUCGACAGUCGCCACAAGCCCGCGUUCACCGAGGAGGACGUGCUCAACAUCUUCCCCGUGGUCAAGCACGUCAACCCCAAGGCCUCGGAUGCCUUCCAUUUCUUCCAGAGCGGGCAGGCCAAAGUGCAGCAGGGCUUCCUGAAGGAGGGCUGUGAGCUCAUCAAUGAGGCCCUGAACCUGUUUAACAACGUCUACGGAGCCAUGCACGUGGAGACCUGCGCCUGCCUGCGCCUUCUCGCCCGCCUCCACUACAUCAUGGGCGACUACGCUGAGGCCCUGAGUAACCAGCAGAAGGCGGUGCUGAUGAGCGAGCGGGUGAUGGGCAUCGAGCACCCCAACACCAUCCAGGAAUACAUGCACCUGGCCCUGUACUGCUUCGCCAGCAGCCAGCUGUCCACCGCCCUGAGCCUGCUGUACCGCGCCCGCUACCUCAUGCUGCUGGUGUUCGGGGAAGACCACCCCGAGAUGGCGCUGCUGGACAACAACAUCGGGCUGGUGCUGCACGGGGUGAUGGAGUACGACCUGUCGCUGCGCUUCCUGGAGAACGCGCUGGCCGUCAGCACCAAGUACCAUGGGCCCAAGGCCCUCAAAGUGGCCCUCAGCCACCACCUCGUCGCCCGAGUCUAUGAGAGCAAAGCUGAGUUCCGGUCGGCCCUGCAGCACGAGAAGGAAGGUUACACCAUCUACAAGACGCAGCUGGGCGAGGACCAUGAGAAGACCAAGGAGAGCUCCGAGUACCUCAAGUGCCUGACCCAGCAGGCCGUGGCCUUGCAGCGCACCAUGAAUGAGAUCUACCGCAACGGCUCCAGCGCCAACAUCCCGCCCCUCAAGUUCACAGCCCCCAGCAUGGGCAGCGUCUUGGAGCAGCUGAACGUCAUUAACGGCAUCCUCUUCAUUCCUCUCAGCCAAAAAGACCUGGAGAAUCUGAAAGCCGAGGUGGCGCGGCGGCACCAGCUCCAGGAGGCCAGCAGAAACAGGGAUAGGGCCGAGGAGCCCAUGGCUACCGAGCCCACACCCGCGGGGGCCCCAGAAGACCUGGGCUCCCAGCCCCCGGCUGCCAAGGACCCUUCUCCAAGCGUGCAGGGAUAGAGAGGGAGACAGACGGACAGUCAGCCAGCGGCCCCGUCACCAGGGAGCCAGACUCCAGGAGAAGGGGGCGUGCCUGCGGGCGGAAGAGGAAGCAAGGCCCUCUUCCACGUUUCACCCCACCCCACCCCCGUAUCCUCCUGGGACCCUGGCCUGCCUGCCCCACAAAAGGUGUUUUUGCACUGGUUCAAUGAAUAUAUGAUGCAGAGGCCCCAUUGAAGACACGUGAAUGGCGUGUGCGGCCAUCAGUUCCCGGCGGGGGGGGCAGGUGUUGCUCCGGCCCCCACCCUCCGGCGGGCGUGUGCGAGUGCGUCCCUGGCUGUGAGUGUUGACCGUCCCUCUCCCCUGUACAUAGCCCGAGCCAGUCCUGAGUGGGUGGCUCCUGAGUGGGUGACGCGCAGACGGGAUUUCUCAGGUCAUUUGUAUGGUCUACAUGAUGGCUGCUGCUUUUGCCGCCACUACCCCCGGGCCCAACCUGUCUGAAAGUUCAGGUUUUAAGCCAAAAAACAUGGUGGGGAGGGGGCUUUCCUGUGUCCUGGGAUGGGCAGCCAGAGCUCUGUGGCAGGGCUGGAGGGUUGGGGUGCACUUUAGUUUGGGGCGGGAUGGGAGCCGCAGUUGUGAUUGGCCUGGUCUGGCUGUUGCUCCCGAAUGAAGGGGUCGGGGUUGGCUGUGCUGGGCCCUCAGAGCCCAGUGGGUGGCGCUGCCACAGGCUCCGACUCGGCUCCCUACUCCCUGCACCCAGCUGGGCACAGCCUUGGGGUCUGCAGUCUGAAUGUAUCCCUCUCCUCGUUUUAAUCUGAGCUGCUUAACGCACAGUGGGCCGGGGGGCGGGGCUGGGGGAAGCAGGGCCAAAUUAUGGAUCCCGGGAGUUACAGGUGCCGACGUGAUGUCACUUCUCUGGAUCCCAGCUCCCUUCCUGGUCUGAGACUAGCUCUGGGGGUGGCAGGGGCCCCCACAGGCCCCGCUGCUCCCGCUCCACCCUGCCUGUGCUGCUGCUCUGUGCCUGCUGUCAGAGCCCUGGUGGGGGAGGGUGUGGCCACCCCGAGACCCAGAGGAGACGGGCGUCUGCCUGGGUUUGCGGAGAGCCGCUUAUGGGUGUGGUCUGUCCAGACACCUUGUUUCAAAGGGGAUGGGCGUGAGCUAGCAAGCAAAGCAUCCCCACCGCUGAGCAAGAACUUUUUCUUGUUUUUAAACCAUCAACGUCCUCAUUUCACAUUGGAAUAAAGUGAGUUUUUGAAACCUGCGG